CAGCCAGCUCGCGGCAUGUGGACCUGGGCUAGGGGGUGCGUCCGUUUGACCAGCAUCGAUUUCAGCGACGCAAGUCAACAGUCGGGGACAAGCCUUCAGCACAGUGGCAGUAUUUAGGUGACGGCUCCCCUGGACAGCGAGGGGGAGAAUGAGAAUAGUGGAUUUUGUUUGUAGGUACAGCACAGCAGAAGAAGGGAAGUCACCCAAAAGAUUUUGAUAUGAAGAAAGACAUAGACACAUUGAUAGCAGAGGAACGUGCUGAAAUCAUCUCUAAAUAUGACAAGGGCAGGCAGGAGGGUGUCAACAUUGACCCAUGGGAGGACGCUGAUUACAGCAUCUAUAAGGUCACCGACCGCUUCGGCUUCCUGCAUGAGGAAGAGCUGCAAACACCCAGUGCGCUUGAAGAGAAGCAAAAGCAUCUGGAGAUAGAGCGGGUGGGGAAAUGGCUAAAGAUGGUGAAGAAGUGGGACAAGUACAAGAACAGUGAAAAGUUGGUGAAGCGUAUAUAUAAAGGCAUCCCUCAGCAGCUGAGAGGCCAGGCCUGGGCCUUGCUUUUGGACAUAGAGAAAGUCAAACAAGAAAACAACGGAAAAUACGAGAGAAUGAAGCUGCAGGCUCGUCACUUCUCCACAGAGAUCAAACAGAUCGACUUAGACGUCAACAGAACCUUCAGGAACCACAUCAUGUUCAUGGACCGCUUCGGAGUCAAGCAGCAGGCCCUGUUUCACGUACUAGCAGCUUACUCUGUCUACAACACGGAGGUGAGCUACUGCCAGGGGAUGAGUCAGAUCGCUGCCAUCUUGCUCAUGUACCUGAAUGAAGAAGAAGCCUUCUGGGCUUUGUCCCAGCUCCUCACUAACUGCAAGCAUGCCAUGCACGGGUUCUUCAUCCCGGGAUUUCCCAAGCUGCACCGUUUCCAGACCCACCAUGAGUUGAUCCUCUCCAAAAUGCUGCCAAAGCUGAAGAAACACAUGGACAAGGAGCAGAUGACGACAGGGAUUUACACCACCAAGUGGUUUCUGCAGUGCUUCAUUGACAGAACCCCUUUCAUCCUCACCCUGCGUUUAUGGGACAUCUACAUAAUGGAGGGAGAGAAGAUGCUGACUGCCAUGGCGUACACAACCCUCAAGUUACACAAGAAGCGCCUGCAGAAGCUUCCAUUGGAGGACCUGAGGGAGUUUAUCCAGGAGCAGCUGGAGGUUUCUUUCUUCCUGCCUGAUGAUGUGGUGGUUGAACAGUUACAGACUGCUAUGGCUGAACUUCGCAGUAAAAAGCUGGAUCAGCCUCCUCCAGCCAAAUCGGAGGAGCUGCCAAAGAAACCUCUGGGUCAAGAAAAACCAGUUCUCGUCCUUCCUCUGCAGCCCGACUCUCCUCUGGAGGUCAAAAUAAAGCCCCACAGCCAAUUUACUACAGAGGCCCAGCAAACGGACAGCAUCACCCGGCACCGGACACCUUCUCCUCCAGAGCCCCUGGACUCGAGAACACCUCCUCUGCCUUCGCCUGACCCAGUUGUAGUCCACACCCAAGGAACACCUUCUCCUUUAAGGCCUUGCAGAGCACCGCCGUUACCUCCAAAAGCAGACAAAUCCUCCGCUGAGGUCGGGUUGGACAGAGAUGUGAAGGUUACUCUUCCAGAGGUUAGCCAGACCAAACAUGUGGGAAAAGUUGAGAGCCAGCCUGGAGAGUCCCAGACCCAGCAGGAGCCUGUGGACUGGCCUCCGCCCUAUGAGUCCCCUGCGUUGGAAGCUAUUACUGUGCAGACUGAGGAGGAGUUCAUGGACCUCCCAGAUCUGCCACCUCCACCUUUGUUUUACACCGAGCAGAAUGACAGUGAAUCACCCUGCCCGGGGACGGAGGCUGGCCCAGAGACUCGGCGGCGCUCCGCUUCCCCCCGCUCAGCGUCACCACUAGUCACUCAAAUGAAGCCACCUCCAAAACCAUGCCUAAAGCCGCCCACGUCUCUUGACCUCACACAGAAAAAACCUCCUCCCCCAAAGCCUUCCCUUCCCCGUGCCUUCAACACAUCCUCCUCCUCUCCUAGACUUCUUCCCCCAAAGCCAACCAAGUUCCCAGUCGCUCUCUGCGUCCCAGGGGCCGCUGGCGACCGACGGCCCUCCAACACAUCCCAGUACGACAACCUUUCCGAGGCUGAUGAAGACGACCGCUACCUGGAGAGGCUGCUGGGCACCACGCCUGAGGAAAUUCCCAGCAUGCACGGCAAUCCCCCACACACCGCCGCCGAAGACUACGACCCCGCUCUCUACCCUCUGCCUCCACCUCCUAUGUUCAACCCUCCUUCAUCUUCUCCUGUUCUUCCCUCGCUGGGCGCUCUCCCCAGUUUGCCUCAGGAGCCAGAAUACGAAGGGGAAGACAGCUGGGUGGAGGACUCCAUCAUUCCCCCUCCUCCUGCUAGUUUUGCUGACCGACUCACUCCCUUCCAGUGUAGCGGUGCCAGCUGUUCAGACACACACAGAGCCACCUCGCCCGGUUACUCUAAGCCUUUCUCUCGGGGCCCCAGGGACCAUUCUGCUUUCCCAGCACCACUGUUGUACACCGGGUCACCCCCAGGCCACUCCAGGUCCUCAGGACAGUCGGUGCCCUUGGUCCGAUCCAGCCCAGACUUUUCCAGGAUGCCUCCAGGUGGACAGCAACUGCCCAAAUCAGUGACUUUUUGAAGUUUCCAAGUCUCAUUCAAGUGUUACUGAUUAUGCCAAUAUGAUGACUCUGUUAAUGCUUGAUUAAUUUUCAAAGAGGUGACAGGCCAGUAGCUAUUCAGUGUGUCAAAGGUUUGUUUGUGUGUUGGUUUUGAAAGGACAUUUUUCAUUGAUAUGUACAGAUUUAUGUAAUACUUGCACCUUUUUUCUAAGAGCAGUUAACUCUUUCAAAGUGUCGAACUUCAAAAGAACAGUAACCGGUGUGUGUGUGUGUGGUGUGUGUGUGAGAGACCCCAGAUGUGGUCUUCAAUUCAAUGGGUGGUAAUGAGAAAUGUUCCCAGAAAUAAGGUGAUGUAAUACCAGCUGACACCGGUGCUUCAUCUCCAGUUAGUUAUAUUUUAUUCCAACAGAAGUGUCUUAACCUGAUCGCAGUGCGCUGAGGCUAGCAACUCUAACACAAGGGCUUUUGAGGCUGCAGAGUACAGUCAUCUUUGCUAAAGCACCCAAAGCCUGUACAUUUAUGGUAAACUGUGAGCAGGCUCACAUAUCUUGUAUGAGUAAGCGUUAAUGUAACACUUUCUUGGCUGUAGCUUGAUAACAAAGGACCUCUUAACCAGAUUGCACCAAAGCAGUAACACCUUUAAAAGAUAAAGCAACCACCAGCAACAGGAAAGACGUGGUGCAAUAUGGCCCUGGUGUAAAAGCUACUUUCAUUCUCAUGAAGCCUGGUCAGGGCAUUUGUUUGUGUUUUGUUCCUCAAGGCAGGUAGCAGUGCUGCCUUUUUGUUUAAAAUUGACUGGUUAGGAGGAUCAAUUUCAAAAAGUGGUUUCAGUGCUAUAUAUUUUGUUUCACAGCAAUAAUGUAUUGUUCCAUGUGUGUAUGUGUGUGUGUAUAUAUGCAUGCAUCAAGGCUAAAUAAGGUGGAAAUAUAAAGCUUAAGGGGAGGAUAUCAUGAAUGCAACAUAUUGUCAACACAGGCAGUUACAGUAAAAAAUCCAUGUCACAAUAUUUAUGAAGAGUAGCGCCAUCUGGUGGUUGAAAGUGUUACAGUAGCUGACUUCAAGCUCUAAAAUUAAGUCCUUGCAUUUAUGAACGUCUGGUAACGAGAGGCUUUCAGGAAGACUAGUGGUGACCAUGACACAAAUGCUACCUAUGAUGCCUGUUUAUGAAUGUGCACAUAGUAAGAAUACAAUGACAGCCCAUAUUACACUGUUCUACAUUGUCACGGACCGGUGAAAGAAGCAAAGCUUUUUAUUCAUAUGCACAGCCAUAUUUUAGAGCCAUAUUUGCAGAGACUGGUGUCAAUUGAUUUGAAUAGCUCUCAGCAAAAGUGCUUGAGAAAUGGAAGUUGAGCCAUAACAUACUGUAUAAAAGGACCUAAUAGUCAACUUGUUUAUAGCGUCAUGCAGUUAUAUAUUACUUUGUCUGUCCAUAUCUAUAUCGGUUUUGUUUUUUUGCACUGACGUUUGUCAUUACCAAGAAGUUUUACAAUUCUCUGUAACUGUUCAGUUUUGAUGGAGUUCCAGGUUACUGCUAAAAGAAAAAAAAAAUUCUAUCUUAGGAAGCGACGUUAACGGAUGUUUUACGGUUUGUUCAUUAACUUUGGUCUCGCUGCUGCCUUUUUGUUUUCGGCCUGCACGCGAGUAUGUUUGGCUUCUUUAGUCAUGUGACCUGAACAAGUGUUCGUCACUGCUCCUUUUAUAAACGUGGUUGACGUCAGUGAUGUUGGGGCUCAGACCAAAGCUUAUGUACAUUUACGCAACUACUUAUCUGAGUUUUAUAAAAAGAGAUAAACCUUA